AUGGAGGCUCUGGAGGAAGCUGAGCUCUGCUUUCCUCAAGUCAACACCUCCUGCAAGAAGACGAUACGUCCUCACUUGGAGGCUGUGCUUAUUUUCAGUGUGCUGUGGUGCAUCACUCUGCUCACAGUGGUUCUUAACCUGCUGGUCAUCAUCUCUAUCUCACACUUCAGACAACUCCAUACCACCACCAACCUCCUCCUCCUCUCUCUGGCUGUUGCAGACUUCCUUGUGGGAUUCAUGCAGAUGCCAGCAGAAAUCCCGCUCUUCGGUGGCUGCUGGAUGAUGGGUGACUCUAUGUGUGUUAUGAAUUACUUUUUAAGUUUUGUUACUGUCAGUGUUUCAGUAGGAAGCAUGGUGCUCAUAUCAGUUGACCGUUACAUGGCAAUUUGUGACCCAAUGUUUUACUCCACCAAAGUCACUGUGAAAAAAGUUCAACUCUGCAUUUGUCUGUGUUGGAUAUUUUCUGCUGUCCACAGCACUUGGAUACUGAGGGAUGUCCUCAAACAACCAGACAAGUAUUUCUCCUGUUAUGGAGAUUGUGUAGUUGUAAGUGGUUUUAUUGAAGGAAUGGUUGAUCUUGUUGUGACUUUUUUAGGUCCCAUUCUAGUCAUUAUACUUUUGUAUUUGCGAGUAUUUGUGGUGGCUGUGUCUCAGGCUCGUGCCAUGCGCUCUCAUAUUGCAGCUGUAACACUUCAGCGUUCAGAGACUGUUAAAGCUAAGAAAUCUGAAAUGAAAGCGGCCAGGACUCUUGGUGUUGUAGUAGUUGUGUUUAUUUUGUGCUCCUGUCCAUAUUAUUGUUCCACUGUUGAAACUGCAAAUAACCCAACAGAGGCAGCAUAUCCUGAAAUCCAUAUGUGGCUGUUGUAUUUUAACUCCUGUCUAAACCCUGUGAUCUAUGUGUUUUUCUACCCCUGGUUCAGAAAAGCUAUUAAAUAUAUUAUUACGCUUCAGAUACUGCAGCCUGGCUCAUGUGAGGCCAGUUUGAUGUAAAAGGAGACUGUGAUGGUUCAACUAAAACCAAUUUUCUGUGAUGGGGAAAUUAUUCUUACAUUGUCCUAGAUACGCUGAAUUUACAUAGUCCAAACUCUUGACAGUUAAAGACAAUCUGGAUAAAAUUAAUGAAUGUUGAAUAUGAUGAAUAUGAAUUUACAUACAGUAUGUGCUUCUAUUAGACAACCUGAUGUUUUCUUUUUUUCUUUGUGAUUGCACAUGUAUAUUCUAUGUGAUCUGUCUACAGUCAUCCCACUUGAAUGACUGAAUUCAGAAAGUCAGUUAUAUAAACCAUACCCAUUGUUGGGGUUGAAAACAUU